CGGAAGUGUAAUGACAGCCUGUGUUGAUACUGAACACGGACACAUGUGCUCCUAAAGUCCGAUUUAUUUGCUCUCAGCUUUGCAUUUAAAUCAUCUAAAGCGACUCUGCGGCUAAAAGCCAUCAUUACUCUUUUCUGUACAUCAAGCUGGCGCGGGAAGCUGCAGUUCACCGUCUAUAAUGUCACAGGCCACCAAACGGAAGCAUGUGGUGAAGGAGGUCCUCGGGGACUUCGUCACCCCCGCAGAACACCAGCAGAUCGUCAAGGUGAUCGGCAGCCGAGGCAACAACCUGCACGAGGCCGUGACCUCUCAGGGGGAGAGUUUCCUGGUGAGCAUGCCCACCAAGUUCCGCAAGAACAUCUGGAUCAAGAGAGGUGACUUCGUGAUCGUGGAUCCCAUCGAGGAAGGAGACAAAGUAAAGGCAGAGAUCAGCUCCAUUCUCUACAAAGACCACAUCCAGUACCUGCAGAAACAGCAGCUCUGGCCGGAGGGGUUCACAGAAGAGGCAUCGGUGCAGGAAAAGUCCAGCAAACGGCAGGAAAAGGAAGAGAAAGACAGUAACGAGGAGGAGGUUAGCGACUCUGAAGAUGACGAGAGCGACCUCUUUGUGAACACUAAUCGCUGCAACUAUCAGUACAGCGAGAGCGAGGAGGAGGAAGACAGCGAGGAGGACGAGGAUGAAGGACGGACAGAGAAUGCCUCAUGAGGGCAUGGACAGUCAUGUAUAAAAACCCUGUGGCGGCCGGCUCUGUCGUGCGGCUGUCCUCACUGGCUGAAUGGACCAUGAUUUGAUCCUCACAGCGGCUGCUCCGACGUGACGCCGUCCUGGAGACACGGACUUGAUCGCUUCCUUUAUUCAUUCCUGCUCUUUAAGUUCACUUACAAAAAUGUGUUCUUUAAAAUGUAUCAGAAAAGUUUCCACAAAGCUAUAUAGUAUGCAGACCUACAAAUAUGUGAUUUCUUUUCCCAGGAUACACUGCUUUUCCACAGGAUGUUGAUCAAGUAAAAAUUGGACAAAAUAAAACUGAUAAAGUGCUUCUCACAGA